UAGGUCAACUCAGGUAAAACCCGUUGUUGACACAUUCAAAGAACAUGGCGUCCAAACAAAACGUUUGAAUGUAAUUAUGUAUAGUUCUACCGUUUUAUGCGAGAUCUUAGAUAUUGUUUUGAAUAUGAAGGAUCCUUAAUUAGUACAGGUAACUGAGCUGAUGAUGAAGCUAUACUGUCUUAUCAUCCUGACACUCUGCCUGAAUUUGGCAGAUGGAAUUGUCAGAGAAUACUACAUGGAUGGUCCUAGUACGUGCGGGCAGACCAUCAUUAUUUAUGACAAUAUAAUAAACCUGGCCGCCCGCUCCCCAAUCUCCACCCCCAAUCCUCCCCGGGUGUGUACCACGUACCUACGCUCUGGGUACACAGACUCCUACUAUUACAUCAAAGUGGAGUGGACGGCCACCAUCAAGGACUGUGCCUUUUCCCUGACCAUCUAUGAGGGAUCGACACCAUCUGGAGCCCCCAUUAAAAGUUUCCGUUGCCUAGGAGACCAGGAAAACACAGGGAUUAUUGAGGUCAGGAACUCAGAUAUCACAGUACAGCUGACCCAAGCUUCUGAUCUUUUCCAGCCCCACAACACAUUUAAUUUAAGAAUUUCUACAUUCCGUGAUCCAUCUGCUCCAGAGGUAUCGGAGGGGACCUCCAAACUGCCCACAGGGGCCAUCAUAGGGAUUGUGAUAGGUUUGUUUGCACUGAUUGUGUUCUGCAUCAUAAUGUGCUGGUUCUACAAACAAGGAAAGUUGAAGUUCCUGGAGAAGAAGUCCAUGCAAAGCUACAGAGGAGGAGGCGGAUUUAGUGUGUCUGGUAAAUCAGAAAAUAUCUUCCACAGUAUGAAUGGAGGCUCCACUGGAUAUGUGGAUUCUGUGGGCGAAUCAGAGCAGUCCUUUGCGUCCAAAAACUGGGACAAUCAGAACAUGUGGGCGAGUUUGACUAACACUCCGACCAUGGGUCGUAAAGUCAAACCUGUUACCCCUCCUGUAGCUCCCCCACUGCCCUCUGUCCCAAAGACCUGGGAGAGUGACAGUCAGGCAUCACUCAAACAGGAGCCCGGCGUGCAGGUCUUGUCAUCUUCACCACAACGUGGCAGAAGACGGACCAGAAAUACAGAGGAACCACCCAGGGGCCGCCGUCCUUUAGCGUCCAGUGGCUCCGGAAAAGGUAAUUACAAUAAUGGCUACGCCAACCAAGAGGAGAAAGAAAAUAGAGCAAAUGCCAAAAAAGAGACAAAUGUGGAUGAUGUGUUUGAGGAUGAUAAACCAGCAGGAGGAGGAAUCUUGCAUGAACUCAGACGAGAGCUGUCUCGAAGACAAAGUAUGAAAGAACUCAAGAGUUCCGAGUCAGAAACAAGCACCAAAAAACCUCUGGGUCCUGGGGAAGGCCCCGCUUCUGAGAGUACACCUAGAACAUCACGGAGAGCAAAUGGCAUGCCUGAGGAAACGGGGACAAUAGAUAGGGCCAAGUACACAGGUAUCGACCAGCAGAGUGAGGUGGGAGAGCCAGAUAAAAUCACCAAUCCACUGCUCCGAACCAAUCCAGCCAUCCGAGCAUCAGUCAGUUCCCUGAGAUCCAGAACCGAUGAAUCACCAGGAUCCAAAAGGAAGAAGCGAAAGAAGAAAUAUGUUGGAGUUCACAGAGAUUCCAGUAGAGGCAAGGGGGACAACCAGGAACACACAACUGACGACUCCAUGCCCAACACCUCAUUUGAUUCUAUGCCACAAGGUCACUCUAAGCAAGAGAACGGUCCCCUGCCUCCAGAGGCGCUGGCCCCUGUGUUUGCCACAGAUGAAUCAGUGAUGCAACAUUUCUACCCCCCUCAACAGGACUAUCAGAAUCAAAUAAAUGAAAUGGUUUUACUGGGUUAUGAUGCAUAUGGUAAUGCAAUAUUCUGUAACCCCCAUCAGUAUCAGACUAACGGACAGACGUACAUAAUCGACCCUCAUGGUAACUACAUUCCAGUGGCAGACAUGUCCUACCCUGGGCUGCCCGGCUAUACCUCCACCCCAGGGCAUGACUCUUACCACACCCCUCAGCAUAAUUAUCAUCAAAUGUCAUCAAAUCAGUUAGCGAGAGCAAACAUCAACAACAGCUCCAUAGUGCCGGUAGGGACAGUGCUAGACGAUCCACAAGUGCCACCACCAGGGGGAACCAUAGUUCGGUCUGCAGUGGAUAAAAAAACGGGGGCACAGGUCAACCAGACUAUUUGGACGGACAGCAAGAGAGACCCUACCGACCCCCCGCCUGGAGAGCAGAACCCACAGAUCACCCGUAAAACCAUAGUCAGAGUGACCACCAAGGACUCCAAAGAUGGCCAGCUUCCAUCUGCACCUGAUCCAGCUCUUCAGGAGAUUUCCUUUAAUGCAGCUCAACAGUUACGGCGACAUCCUAAUGAUGACCCUCCUUUCUUGUCCCCAUCUAAACCAGUACGACCGCUGAUGUCUGGGGGACAACGCACCAUAUACUCCUCCGAAACACCAGAGAGAGCAAACGCCGCAUUUUAUUCCAACAUUCAGCCGCCAGCUGUGAUGGAAACACCAAAGACUUCGGUGAUGCAUGAUGCUCCUGUUAAAAACCAUGCCAUACGAGACAAAAUUACAGUAAACAGGGAAUCAUCAGAAAUAUAGAGCCAUUAUAAAUCAAACCCGACAGAAAACAAGUGAAAGAGACACUUUGUGGUUUAAUUUUUAGCAAUAUUUUGUACAAUACAAAUUUUUAUUCAAUUUUACAUUUCAAGUUUACAGUCAUUUUUUUUUAUAUUCUACAAUUAUAUAUAUCAUUGAUUUCUUUAGAGAAUGGACAGCAUGUCUAUUUGCAUAAAGCAUAUUCAUCACAAAUACAUUUUGUUAUUGUGUGUCUACUUAUUGGUACAAUACCUACAAAUGUCAAAAUGAAUUUUAUUUGAGUAACUUUAUCUCUUAUAAAAAGUUAUUGAAUUUUUCAAACCUUAAAUUAAAUUCAUGAUGACUUUUAACCUUAUUGAAAUUUGUAAUCUGUGAAAAAAGUUUCAUCAACAGCCAUGGACUGAAAAUUAACUAUAGAUAUGUUCUGACUAAAUAAUUUCUUACAAUCAUCCAGUUUUGUUUUGUGUUUUUAUAUCUGCAGGGAAUGCAGCAAUGAAAUAUCUUGUAGGUUUUGUAGGGACUAGCUAUUUAUGUAAAAUUCUGCUUUGUAAAAUUAAUGUAGAAUGUGCUAUUUGAUAUUUAAGUGUCAUAUCACCAUGUUGUUAUUUAAAUCAUUGCCUCACAUUUUAAGACAUAUCAUAUUUUGAUUAUAUAUAUAUAUAGAAUAUUUUUCCGUUUGUUAUGAAGCCAUUUUAGAGGUAGUUUUCAAUAAAGACAUGUGCUAUUAGAA